UAUUCGGCGGCUAACUUCUGAUAUGUUUUAAUGUCCUAGUUAGGUUACAAGGCCAAUUUUUAAUUUUGUUUAUUUUUAUGUUUACACUUUUCUUUUAUUUUAAAAUGGAGUUUAGUUAUACGAGCAGAAUUUAAUUUUUGACGAGAAACAUGGACCAACAAGCUCAACUGACCGUUUGUAGAUUGUGUUUAAAAGAUGUAGAAGCCAACACAUCUUGCUUACCAAUUACAAACAAUAGUCUUGUUUUACAAAAUUUGAAUCUUAUUUCAUUUGCUACUAUAAGAAAUCUGCAAUUAACAGAGGAACCAGUUUUGUGUGAAUUAUGUGAAGAGAAACUUAAAAAAUUAGCUUAUUUUAAAGAGAACGUUAUAACUAACGAAUUUAAAAUCCAAUGCCAUCAGAAACGAGAUAUAAAUUUUUUUCUGCAAACUUUAUCUUCUGACAUAGAUCAGAUAUGUCGCUUGUGUUUAAAAACUUCUGCAUACAAUUUUGACAAGACAUGGAAAGAUAACAAAAAGCUCUUUGUAAAGUGCAACAUUCACUUGAAUUUAAAUAUUUCUAAACCUUCAAAAAUGUGUGAAGAAUGUUACAAAAUGUUACAGGAGACUUAUUACUUUGUUUGCGACUCGAUUGAGAAGGAAAAAUUUAUAGUAUCCACAUACUCUUUAAAAAAGGAAACUCUAAUAGGGAAGGAUUUGUUAAAUAUUUUUAAUUCUUUGCAGAAGUUUGAUAAUAAUAAAGCAGCCGGCAGUGAGUCACCAGACACUUCUGAUGUUGUAGAAAACAAUAAUAAUGUCAAUGAUGAUGAAAAUCUGGACUCAACACUAAUUGACAAUAAACCUGAGGCAAUUCCAAUUAGUCAUAAUAAUAUAACUACAAAAGCAGCAACAGAAUUAGAAAGGUCAUGCAAUCAACCCUUGGCUGAACAGGAAACAUAUGAAAUGCCCAAACAGGCUAGUGCUGCAAUUGAUUUAAUUGUUGUUCAUGAGAAGAAUAUUACAGUCAUCAAUAAGUGUGAUGAUUCUUCAGAAAAAGCACCAGGUCUUGCUCUAUCCGAACAAAGUGGGGAGCAAUUAAUACAAAGAGUGGAAUCACCUGUAGAGCAACAGGAAAUUGGCUCUGCUACAAAGUGUGAUGAGGAAAAGGAAUCUGGGAUGGAACCACAAGAUUCCAAUAAAGAAAUUAAAAGUCUUGCACUUACUGACACUAAGCCAAAGAAUGAUUCAAAUAUAAUUAAAAAAGGAUUACACAAAACUACUGAGGUAAAAGGUGAUUCAAACUCAGUUAAGACAGAAGCAUCGGAGAGGAAUCAUGAAGAAAAGAAAUUAAAUGAGCUGGCCCCUGCUGAUACAGAAAAUAAUAAUAAACAGAAUGAUGACACAUCUGCUGCUGCAGUUGAUAACGAUAUUGAAAAAAAAAUGGAUCACAGUGUUGAUAAAACUGUGUUAAAGGCUUCGAAUGACCCUACACCAAAUGUUGCAGAAGUCAGCACUGCAAUUUCCUGUAAUGGUGACCCAAAACAAACUGAAAGUGGGAAAGGCAAAGAAUUUCAGGCAAAUAGGGACUGGUCAUUUUUAGAUGCUGCAUCUCAAGAUUUAACGAGUAUUUUCGGCGAAGUUUCAGAAUGUUCAGACAGUGUAAAUGACAUGUACAAAAUUACAGAAACAGUUGAUGUUGUGGAAAUAAAUGUUUCUACUACAAAUGGUAAGUCAGGAUUUAGUGGAAGGAACAAGUCUAUAUCCCCCUCAAGGCAGGAAUUGAUUGACUUGCUAGAGGAUAAUGUGAGCAUGGAUAUUCCUGUGAAUGACUCACAAGUGGCAACCCUAGAACAAGGGACAAAAGUGGGAGGUGAUGAAGAUAAAGACAAUUCAAAUGUAGAUAUUGAAGAUAAUAAAAUUAACGAAAACAAGGCUGGUUUGAAGAAGAAGGGAAUGCCUAAAAAGGGUAUCAAGUUGGAAGUUUAUCCAGAAAAAGAGGAAAUUAGGAAAGCAGUUGAACAAAGGGGCGAGAACAAUAAACCAAUAAAUAUAAGGGUUUCCCCAAGAAACAAAAACAUCAAAGCAGAAAAACAACACAAAUUGAAAAGGGGGAAAAAUAAAGAAAUAUCACCAGAGAUUAGAAAGAGUCCAAGAACCAAAGUCACUGAAGGAGUAUUGAAUCAGAAUAAGCAAUUAGACGCCAAAAGUAAAAUGUCACCAAAGGAUGAUGUUUUUCCUGACUCUGAGCCUUUAAAUUUCGUUCCAGGCAGGGGAAGACCCAAAAAAACUAUUAAUGCUGAAUUAAAAUUUGAUGACUCCUUUGACAGCGGCGUAGUGUCGGUUUACUGAUAGCGUGGUUAUGUCAGCUUCAAAUCCUAGAAAGAGAACGCGCAAAAGCGUGCGCGAAGCGGAACCAGCUCAAAAGAGAACCAGAACGAAAAUUGAAAGACCUGAUGUUGAAACGAAAGCUGCCCAGGAGGAAGAAUGUGGAAGCGUUUCGAAGGAAGUGUCGGCUGGUAUUGAUGCCCCUACGAGUAGCUUCGGCGCUGCGCCGAGAGAUGGCGCUGAUUGUCAGGUCGGCGAAGGCGAGAGCAAAGCCGACACAUCUGCACCUGUCGUUAACGGGUUGAGAAUUAUUCGCAGAACCAACAGAAGCAAUUCAGAGGCGGAGAAAAAGUGGCUAGAACUGAUAUCUGGAACCAGUAGCAAUAAUAGUGGCAGUACAAUCGAGGGCGCGGAAAAGAAGCAGAUCACAAAUACUAAAAUCAAAACUAGAAAGAGGAGGGCUCGCGAAUCGACGCCUAUCGUCGAGUUUCUAGGCGUGAACGCUGACGCGCCGCCCCCGAUGCCGCCUCCGGCCGCGGACGGCCCAAAAAAAUUCUACGAGAAAGCGCUGACGUGCGACCGCUGCCAGUAUAGGACCAAAUCGCGGGACAUGUUGACCCAACACCAGCUCAUCCACAAUCUGAUCGACAGCGUGAAAAAGUUUCGCUGCAAGAGUUGCUCGUUCCAAGCGAAGUCGCAGGAGCUGCUCGACCAGCACAAACUCACCCACCUGGACGUUAACACGACGUACAAGUGUGUGUAUUGCGAGUUCAAGGCAAAAAAGAAGGUUUCCCUGCUGCACCACAUCAUACGUCACGAGGACAAGCCUGUGGACAAGGAGUUCUUCUGCUGUUACAUAAACUGCGACGAGCCUACAGAGGCGUACGAGUGUUUGCAGUGCGAGUUCCAGUCGGCCGCUUGGGACACAUUGGUAUCGCACGUGGCCGACCACGAGGCUACCAACACGUGUAACCCGAACAUCGAGAUGUUCAAGUGCAGCUUUUGCUCGUACAAGACCAAGACGGAGGAGCUGCUGUCGCGCCACGAGGAGCUGCACAAGUUCCCUAAAUAUAUUAAGAAGUCGGACGAGAGCGACACACUGUUGAAGUGCGACAAGUGCGCGUUCGCGACGGUAAACAAGCGAAGCCUUCAGAAUCACUUUUCGAAGAAGCACGGCUCGAAAGACGAGAAGAAACCGAAACCGCAGAGCGACGAGUUGUUUUACUGCGCUCAGUGUCCUUACCUGACCGAUAGGAAACCGAACAUCACGCGUCACGUGCUCGUCCACAUGACGAAGAAGAACGUCGAGUUUUGGGAGUGUCCGCACUGCCCGUUCGAGACAAAGCACCGCAGGAGUUACAUCAGGCACAUGGUGUGCGUUCACAACGUCGUCGUGUAGCUUUGGAAAAUCGUGGACGUGACUGCAAACAGGCACUUUUACCCAAGCUCAACCUACAAUAUAUCCAAGACUACCAAUUCGCAAACUAAGCGUUUUUCGUGCGUUGGAAUUUAUCGCGUAUUUACAAAAUGCCCAGCAGCGAGACGAACAACUCCGAAGCUCGCCGGAUCGGCGCCGAAGGACGUGAAACGUCUCAUACGGUUAGCGUACGCGGAUAUAGAACUUACCAUUUUGUCUUAUUCAGCCAGGUUCAUUGGAAUGGGGCAACUCUGAAUGUCGACGUUUCCACCCAAGAAUACCAAUAAAACGAAUAAAAGAUAUUUUUUAGCAUUUUCUUAGUUAAUUAAAAAUAUUUUUUAUUCAGAUUAUACUUUUUAUCUUUUAAAAUCAAGGAUGGUUCGUUCCACCACGGACCAAAUGCCACUGGACAAGUUUUAAGGGAGUGGCACGAUUUGGCCUAUUAAGAUCUCACAAAGCGAUCGCCAUCGCGUAUAACGGAUGUUUUAUUUUUAAGCGAGCAGUGAUUAUAGAGGUUAAAUUCUAAAAAUUGAAGUUUAUAUUGGUAAUAUUGGUGCCUUACUGAACAAUGUUCAUAUACUUGUUACUCGACUUUAUAUUGCAAAUUUAUUAUUUAGGAAGGUAGUUAUAAAAACGUAUUUUUUUGUUUUAAAAACCAUAUAAUUUAAUUGUAUUCAAUCCCCAGAUUGAUUAAAUAUUUUAAAACUUUUUUUUAAAUUAACUUCAUGUUGAAGUCUGCUCAAGUUGCGCGAUCAAUGGAGAAUAAUUUGAAAAUUAUAUUUUUAUCCUCGCUUUUUUCCCGCAUUAUUUAUCGUCAUUAUUAUUGUAGUAUUAUUGAUUACUUGUUAUAAUCUUUGUCUAGUUAACGAUGUGCUAAUUUAAAAUUUUCGGAACUUACUCCAAAUCCCAUUCAAAUAUUGUGUGAUUAACUCUCAGAUUAACAAAAUAUGCAUUUCGUUUGUAUCGGUGGUGUUUGGGAUUAACGGAGGUUUACUGUAGGUAUUAGAAGUGUUAAUGAAUCUGUUAGAACCCAGGAUAUUUAAUCACAAGAGAAACCUAUAAUAUUGGCAACGAACAAUCGGGUCUCCCUUUUGGUUUAAUGCCUUUGGUUAUGAAUCAGUGCCUUUAUUGUAAAAUUUUAUUGCUAUAUCAAUUUUCUGUUAAUAUAUUUGUCGUGGCGGAUUUCGGCAAAGGUGUGGUUUUAAAGUUUAUAUAUUUUCGUAUUAUGAUAUUACAGGAGGGAUUGACUGGAGGACCAGUAAAUAGUCCCCUUGCUAAUGCGUUGCCGUCUAGGCUAUAAAAUGGCUUCCUUUUCGUUGCGUAUCGUUUUAGAACCGGCGUAAGUUUUUAUCGCCCGAGACCAUUUUUUUAUUAUGUAUCAGUAAUUAUCCUACUCCCGUCAGCAAAAACGAAAAAGGAGAUGUAUCAAACGGUGUACAUACACGUACAAGUUUAGCGUUAGGAUUAAUUUAUACGUUUAUUCCUUUUUUAAUGCAAAUAUUAUUUUGUGUUUGACAAUUAUGAAUAAAAUAUGUACCUGUCGAAUUUUUUUUUUGUUGCCGAUAAUUGGAUUGAUACUACGAGUAUGGGAUUAUUUUAAAAAAU